AUGUUCCCUGUUUGCAUCCGGUACUUCGACCCUUUAAAGGGAGUGCAGAAUAAACUUCUAGAUUUUGUUGAAAGUGCUGACGAAACGUCUAUGGCAAUUACUGGUUUGGUGCUGCAGAGCUUAGAAAAGCACAACUUGGAUGUAAAUUAUGCGUCUUCUUAUUGUGCAGACAAUGCCAAUGUGAACUAUGGAAAAACACAUUCCGUAUAUCAGUUGCUGCGAAGUAAAAACCCAAAUUUACUGAAAGCUAAUUGCUCUAAUCAUGUCAUACAUAACACAAUUAAGUUUGCAAUUGACAGAUUAGAUGUUGAUGUUGAAAGUGUAGUCUUAAAGAUAUAUAAUCACUUCUCUGUCUCUGCCAAAAGAAGAGAAGAGUUAAAAUCAUUCUUUGAGUUUCUGAAUUUGGAGUGGACUGAGAUUUUGAGGCAUGUUCCAACUAGGUGGCUGUCAUUAACACCAGCCAUUUCUCGACUGCUUCAGAACUGGGAAGCAAUGAAAAGUUACUUCAAUAGUAUUCCCAACUGUCCAAAAAUAUUAUCUAACAUUUUCAUGAAAGAUGACCCAGAGGAAGCAGUGUUGCCUGAAAUCUUCUAA